AUGGAUGUUAUCAGAACUUCAAAGAGUGACAGAAACUUCACCACCUUUCCAACUCCAACUCCCAAAUACAUUCGAACGACCAUUUCACCUUUAGGCUACAAACCCUUUAAGUACCCCAACCUCUUCAUAGAUUUCCAUAGACUCACCACCAUCCUCCCAGGCUCCAGAAAUUACACCAACAGCAUCUUCUCCAGUAAUUACACCAACAGCACCUUCUCCAGUGAUUUAACCAACAGCGCCUUCGGCUCCUUCGAUGACACCAAAGCUGGAUUCAUCGUAGAUGUGGUGAUGUACAUCAUCAUCUGCAUCGGCCUUCCUCUGACCCUCGUCGCCAUCUACGCUCUCUACUCUGUGGUACGCAGCGACCACGUCGUUCCCAUCUACAUCAUCAACCUUCUGGUUACUGACCUCAUCCAGCUCUGCUGCAUGAUCUGUGAUGUGGUUAAUCCUCACCGCCCGAUGACAUACGUUAUCUACGUUAGUGUUUACAACUACAGUCUGAUGACCAGUGUGGGCUUCAUGGUGUGCAUCGCCCUGGAAAGGUACCUGCUGAUCGUCUUCCCCCUGUGGUACCGCUGCAGACGAACCAUCCGGUCCACCGUGGUGAUCUGUGUCCUGGCCUGGGUCCUUCCUUCUCUCUACCUUUUCACUCUAUUUUUUGGUGGUAAUUUCAACGUCCCCCAAAUCAUUGCCUUUGUCUUCCUCCUCCUUCCCCUCCCACUGCUCUUGUUCUUCUGCUGUGCGACUCUCAGAGCCCUGUCUGCCUCCGUCUCCAUCCUGCCUGACGAAAAACGACGAAUUGUAGGAACUUUGGUCAUGGUGCUGCUAAUUUACAUGCUGCUGUUCCUGCCCAAUGUUAUUUUGAUACUGGUAGUGAGAUACACAAAACACCAAUUACUAACUAAUACUCUAGCCUACGUGUCUUCGGCGUUUCUUAAGCUGAAUCCUCUCGCAGACCUGGUUCUGUAUAUCUUCAUGAAGAAAGGGGCCUUAGACAAGAUCUUGUCCUCUGUGCGUUGCUGCAGAGUAGAAGACAGAGAUCUCAGGACGGUGUGA